UGACCCCCACAACGGAAUGGGACAGCGGACUGCGGAUAAAUGAGGAGGAUGAUGAGAGCGAAUCACCUCACAUGACAACGAUUAUAACCUGGGAGUCUGGUGGGCGUGGGAGAGAAAGAGAACGAGAGAGAGAAAGAGAACGAGAGAGAGAAAGAGAGAGCGAGCGAAAGAGAGAGAGAGAGAGAGAGAGAAUAACGGAGCACAGAACACAUCAAGAAAUGUCUUAAUUCGGCGCGCAAAUGUGCAUGUAUUAUCUCACCACCAUUUACCGGGUGAUUAUUUGACGCUUGUGAUCUACCGUUCAUCAAAGGUGAGAUGGCGAGCAGGUUGGGGCUCCCCCACGGCAGUUCCCUGCACAGAUGCAUGCUGGUCCUGACCUUCCUGCUCCUACUGUGUGAGAUCGUUGUCAGCCGCCUCUGUAACUCCCUCAUCACCAUGGUGGAUGUCUUCCACACCCUCUUCAUCCUCAUGCACAUGGCUCUUCCUCAACCCACCCUGGGCAGAGGUUCCCCAAAAAACCCACCUGCCUCCCCUCUCUCCACCCCCAACACCUCCACCCCCACUCAGUCACCUGUCAAAUCUCCCCCAUAUGCCCCAGCCACCUCCUGUGUGUCCCCCAUCCCCUCCAGCUCAACUCCCUGUCCUUCUCUUCCGCUCUCAACCCCUGUUCCCACCAUCACUUCCCAGUUUCCCUCCAAACCUCUCACCCCUACAACCACCCAUUGUUUCUCCUCUCACCACUCUGGUUCCAACCACCCCACCUCCACCCUGUCUAUUCCAGCCAACCCUUUCCCCAGACCCCUCACCCCUCUGGCCUCCCUGUGUGGCCUGUCCUACAGUGGGGCGAGGGUCCAGCCCCUGGGGGCUCUGAUCUCAGCUCUCCUGCUGUCUGCCUUGUGUGUCUCUGUCUCUCUAGAGAUCCUCAGCCACACCCUGCAGCCCCACCCUAUACAGCGCCCUCUUUUGGCCACGGUGAUGGGGGCUGUCAGUCUGCUCUACAACCUCCUGGUGCUGGGGCUCAGCUGGGGCAGCUUGCUAGAGACCAAGACUAGAGCUGCCUGGGAGGGGGAGGAGAGCUCUGUCCUUGGUGGGAAUGAAAAAGUCAAGGCCAAGGUCCAGACCAAAGACAGCACGGCAGUGGGGGGAGAGAAUUACGUCAGUAACCUCCCUACAUCUCUAGAUGGUGCCUUCCAAGAUGGAACACUUGUACUCUGUAACCCUGGGACAUCCAGUGUCCUGAGCCCUGACAGUGACUCACAGCACCCAACCCAGACAUCCCCACUCCAUACCAUGGUCCCUCAGGGUCCCCUUUCAGACCACUGCCAUGGAGCACACACACUCCCUGCAGACUGCAGAACUUCAGAGACACCAAACAGCUUCUCACAUCCAGAGGCCAGUGUCUGUCAUCCAAAGGACCCCCACUCUGAAGUGUCUAAGUAUAGUGCCUGCAUGGGACACAGAGAAAAUCAGACAGACCCCACCACAGCCUCAGCCCUAAAGUCAGAAAGCCCUACAAGCCUCAGGGUCCAACUUCCCGCCUAUCUCCCAUCCGUCAUCUCCCUCACUCAGGCACUGCUAGGCUCCAUCCUGGCACUCACCAAUGGACUUACCCUGCUACUCCUGGGCCCAGACUGCCUGCAUGGCUCUGGGGCCUGUGGCCCCUUCGUCUACCUGGACCCUGGCUUCUCCAUGGUGGCUGUGGUGCUGCUGCUGGCCACCACUCUGCCCCAGGUGUGCCGCUACGGUUGGCUGCUGCUCCAGGCCGUCCCGCCCCAGGUGUGUGUGUCUGAUCUGGGCCGGCGGAUCGCUAGUGUGCCAGGGGUGCAGGCGGUGCACGACCUCCACGUGUGGCAGCUGACAGAGAGCUGCCUGGUGGCAUCUGUACAUGUCCACUGCCACGCUGGGUUCCAGAUACACAGGUGUGGUGAUCUGUUGUCGGGGGUCACCAAGGUGCUGCAGAGUGUAGGUGUGAGCUGCUGCACCAUACAACCAGAGUUCCUCCUCUCCACUCCCACAGCCAAUGGCAACCUGGAUAACAACACCACCAACCCCACCAUCAUCCAUAGGGAGAUACCCCCACUGCCCUCACACCUGGCCUGCAGCCUGGCCUGUGGGAAGGGCUGUGCUGGGAAGAUGUGCUGUGCUCCUUUGGAGGAAGGGUCUGCAGAGCCACUGGCACCCCCUGUUGGGGAAACUGAGGAGGAGCCUCACACGCUGAUCAUAGAGAACACCUUUCUUUGAGGGAAGGACCUCUAGGAUGUAUCUCAAUAGAGUGGGCUCCUUGCAUCCUUUCCUUCAUAUGGAACUGAUGUGAGAGGACUGAAGUGGAGCAAACCACUUUUGGCAAUUAAGAUUCAGCUUGGGGAUUGAAUAGAAUACAUUAUUAUUGUCAGAAUAUUCUUAAAGACUUCUGUCCCCGUGUCAUUGAGGUCAUUUUAGAGAGCUAGAUAGCCUAAUGUAAGAAUUAGGCUCAGGUAAAGAGUAAAAGUCCCAGUAGUCAUCGUGUGUGUGUGUGUAUUUUGGGAUGGGGUGGGAUAAUAAACAGUAUUCCUAUGGGUACUCAGAAA